UUAGUUCGUCACCAGUUAUCGCGUAUGUUUUAUUUAAAUGUUUUUUUUUUUUUUAAAUUAUAAAUUGUUGUUGUUAGUAAACGUAGCUAGGAACCUUUUUUCAUUGGUUGAUAACUAGGAAGUUUUUAGAAUAAUUUUAGGGGCGCGAAACUAAAGAGCAGAUUCUGUUAUCGUUUUUCUCUGGAGCCGCAUAGCCACUUGAACUUUUGAAGAGUUAUUUUGGGCUUUUGCUGCCUUUUUUAUUCGCCAUGUGUGAAAAGAUAACGAAGGUGAACAGCUGGCUCAGCGCGGUGUUUGGGGAUCAACCGGUGCCGCAGUUCGAGGUCAACACCAGAACAGUGGACGUCCUGUACCAGCUGGCUCAGUCCAGUGAAGCCCGGUGCAGUGACACGGCUCUCCUUAUAGAAGACCUCAAGCAGAAAGCAUCAGAGUAUCAGGCUGAUGGUGCACAUCUCCAGGAUGUCCUUCUACAAGGUGUUGGUCUGUCCUGUGCAAGCCUGUCGAAGCCCGCUGCUGACUACCUGUCUGCUUUAGUGGACAACGCUAUGGUGCUUGGAGUGAGAGACACAUCACUGGGCAGCUUUAUGCCAGCAGUGAACAACCUCACCAACGAACUUCUGGAAGCGGAGAAGUCCAACAGAAGACUUGAGAGGGAACUCAGGGCCCUCAGAAAGAGACUCGGAGCUACUCUGGUGCUGCGGAGCAACUUACAAGAGGAUAUCAACAAAACUGUUAAAGCUCAGGCAGUGGAGAGCGCUAAAGCGGAGGAGAAACUGCUCAACAUGGAUUUUGUGACGGCGAAGGGUAAAGAGCUCAGCAACAGACGGGAGAGGGCAGAGGCUCAGCUUGUGUCCAGGAACAUGGACAAGUCUAUCACCCACCAGGCUAUUGUGCAGCUCUCUGAGGAAGUCACUACACUGAAACAAGAAAUAAUCCCCUUGAAAAAGAAACUGGAGCCUUACAUGGACCUGAGCCCAAACCCGUCUCUUGCUAAAGUGAAAAUAGAAGAAGCAAAAAGAGAAAUGGCUGCCCUUGAUGCACAGUUUGAAAUGAAUGUGAAUUUCAAGUGAAGAUGUUCUGCAAUGUUAAAAUCUUUCCCUGUUUUGAGCUGUGCCUUUUCUGAGUUUAAAAAAUAAUAAAGUUAGUUGUUAGCAUCG